GGUUCGACUGACGGCGGAGGAGCAAUGGCAGCGCGAAAGCGAGCUACGGCGACGACGGCGGCCGCCUCGCCGAAAUCUGAGACGGAGAAGACGAAGGCUGAAAUUGAGCCGGCGGACUUCACAAUUCGUCCUGCUAAACUCCUCACGAUUCUCAAAUUCACUCUGGUGUUUUCGAUCCCGUACUUGUAUCUGCUUUUCGCUCGCUACGAAAUCGAUUACGAGCUCAAGAGACCAAUCUUGAUCAGUGCGGUGAUCAGCAUUCUAGGCUUUUUCGUUUCGGUUCGAAUGAUUCCUGUGGCGUCGAGGUAUGUGCUGAGGAGGAAUUUGUUUGGGUACGAUAUUAACAAGAAGGGCACACCUGACGGAUCCAUAAAAGUGCCUGAGUCGUUGGGCAUAGUUGUUGGAAUAGUUUAUCUUGUUGUGACGAUCUUGUUUCAAUAUUUCAACUUGACAGCAGAUUCAAAUUGGCUCGUCGAAUACAAUGCAGCACUUGCAUCUGUUUGCUUCAUGACUCUACUUGGAUUCAUCGAUGAUGUCCUUGAUGUACCUUGGAGAGUGAAAUUGGUGUUGCCGUCUAUUGCUGCUCUUCCAUUGUUGAUGGCAUAUGCUGGCCACACAAGUAUUGUUAUACCAAAGCCUCUUGUUCCAUACAUUGGACUUGAGAUUUUAGAUUUAGGGUGGAUAUAUAAGCUCUACAUGUGGUUGUUGGCUAUCUUCUGCACGAAUUCAAUUAACAUCCAUGCUGGUAUCAAUGGCCUUGAAGUUGGACAGACAGUUGUUAUUUCUUGCGCUAUCCUGAUACAUAACAUCGUGCAAAUUGGGGCUUCUACUGAUCCCGAAUAUAAACAAGCACAUGCAUUCUCCAUUUACCUUGUUCAACCUCUGCUUGCCACUUCUUUGGCUUUGCUCUCUUACAAUUGGUAUCCAUCUUCAGUUUUUGUCGGCGACACCUAUACUUACUUUGCUGGAAUGACCAUGGCAGUUGUUGGCAUUUUGGGCCAUUUUAGCGAAACACUUCUGAUAUUCUUUGCUCCACAAGUCCUGAAUUUCCUGCUUUCGCUCCCUCAGCUGGCUGGUAUUAUUCCUUGUCCACGCCAUCGACUGCCAAGGUUCGACCCCCAGUCUGGCCUGUUAACCGGGACGAAUGAUGGGACUCUCGUGAACUUAUUUCUUAGACAAUUUGGUCGCAAGUCAGAGAAGACCCUUUGUAUUAUGUUGCUAGCUUUCCAGGCCUUAUGCUGCGCGUUCUGUUUCUUGUUGCGAUGGUUACUUACAGGAUGGUACAAGUAGUCGAUCCAACCCUGUCGUCCAUCACUACUUAUUGAUUGUGUGUUGUGGAGUUGUACGAGCAACAAACACGGUCCGACAGAAAAUUUGUAAGACUUUUCAGUGAAUUUUGUAGCUUCAGAAAAUGCUCUUCAUCUUCUGAAUUAUGUAGCUUCUAUUGUCCAAUUUUGCUUACUUAUGUUAACACUUUCUACAUUCUUGCUUAGGAUGCACUCAUCUGGCGGUUUCUUUA